AUGGCCUCGGAACCCGUCGCCGCCGUCGCCGCAGAUGCGACGACUUGGUUGGAAGCACUGUUACACCUCGUCAGCACCAUGUCAUUCAAGGCAUGGAUGCCGUUUGUUAUUGUCGUGGUAUACUACCUCUGUUCACUAAUAUGGCUUUCAGCCAACGUUGACGAGGUCUACGACCAUUUGUUCGGACCCGCCGCCACCGAUAACAUGUCCGGCCUCGAAGCCUUCAGGCUCGCGUGCAAUGUCAUGCAAACUAUUGGCUUUGCUAUAGAAAUGGCAUCCGUGUGCCAUACCAUCUUCCGUAUCGGCUCCCCAGAUACCAGUACGGCAACACUGCUGGACCAUUCCACCCAAAUCACCACGAGUCUCAAAAAUUCGACAUCAUCCGCAAGGCCAGUCACACGCGAUGAGAAUGAACUGCUUGAUACCGCAAACAAAUGCCUCGAGGAGUGGAUUAGAUCUGAUCAAUUGAAAUCCAUCAAUCAUGUCCUCGACCUCUUCAUCACAGACCGCGCAUUGCUGCUGCUCUUGCGGCGACCCUUGCAAAUAUUUCAUACCAAAAAACCUCCCAAGGUGUAUUUAGACUACGCUGCAUCCCUCUCCUCCCCUCGAUUCUUCUCUUCCUUCGGCUUGCAACCAACUUUCACUGCAUCGACAAGUUGUAUUGAUACUCAGUACCCGUCCACCAUUAUCAUACUGCACCCGUCCGUCCACUCGCACACUGUUCGCUGCACCAACUGGAUCCUGGCUUUCCGACUGGAACAAGCCCCAUCCAUUUAAUUGCAAACCAAACAGUAACACCCCAAGGCCCAAACCACUUCGGAAGGGCAAAAGGUUGCCCCGGUGCUUGGUGAACACGAUCCUUCAACGCGGCAGCGGGUGGAGCAGGUCGGGCAGGUCGGGCAGGUCGCGCUGGACUUGGACAAGAUGAUGAAGCAGGACCCCAUUAGCCCCCAUCCGGAAGACAUCGGCAAU